GGGGCGACCCCCAGAAACCCAGAGGUGCAUUUUUCAGCCUGGCCCUAAUCCAAAACGAUUCUAGAACCCGGCCGGGGGAAGUGCAGUUUGAGGAAGAGGAUUCGUAGAGCGAGGGCGCUGCGGGUUCGCCGUGCGCCACCAAGUGGCCAUUCUUUGGCAUGGCGAUACCACUGGAAGGAUGCUGAAGUGAGUGUAAUGAAACACUAAAACACACCCACUUCACCGACCCGCUGAGCCCCAACUGACCCCCCUUCUCAGUCUCCCCCCAGAAUUGGGGGGGGGGAGGUGAAGAAGAGCCUUUCCUCCCCCAGCGCCGUCUGCUGGCCAGGCGGACGGACGCGCAUUCCUGGCGGUCCCUUGGGAGGUCGCAGAGGCAGAGAAAGGCUCGCUUAUGCGCGCGGCAGACACUGUCCAAUUCAUCCACGCUCCACCUCGGCUUCUUCUUCUGCUGCUGCUGCUGCUUUUGCUCCUGGGACGCCAGGCUCGCCAGCCAUGCUGCUCCUCUCGCCGCCGGCCGCGCUGCCCUCUGCGCCCCCGCUUGCUUUCGCCUUCCUGCUGCUGUUGCUCCUGCUGGCGGGGACCCCACCGCCCGGGGUGUCGUCGGAGAACCCCAAAGGGAAGCAGAAGGCGCUUCGCCAAAGGGAGGUGGUGGACGUGUAUAAUGGGAUGUGUUUGCAAGGACCUAAUGGUGUUCCUGGAAGGGAUGGAAAUCCUGGAGUCAAUGGCAUCCCUGGAACCCCUGGUAUCCCUGGCAGAGAUGGGUUUAAAGGAGAAAAAGGCGAAUGUGUGCGAGAAAGCUUUGAGGAGUCCUGGACACCCAACUAUAAACAGUGUUCCUGGAGUGCUCUGAACUAUGGCAUAGACCUUGGAAAAAUUGCAGAAUGCACAUUCACAAAGAUGCGCACUAACAGUGCUUUGAGAGUCCUCUUCAGUGGAUCACUUCGCCUCAAAUGCAAAAAUGCUUGUUGUCAGCGUUGGUAUUUUACAUUUAAUGGAGCUGAAUGCUCUGGGCCACUUCCUAUUGAAGCUAUAAUUUAUUUAGAUCAAGGAAGUCCAGAAUUCAAUUCUACCAUUAACAUACACCGUACUUCCUCAGUGGAAGGAUUAUGUGAAGGGAUCCAUGCUGGAUUGGUGGAUGUUGCUAUUUGGGUUGGAACUUGCUCAGAUUACCCAAGAGGAGAUGCUUCAACUGGAUGGAAUUCAGUCUCUCGCAUCAUUAUAGAAGAGUUGCCUAAGUGAAGUAUUCUUUCAACAACAGCCCCCCUUAUAUAACCCUCUUCCUUGAAAUCCAGUUUUCUAGAUAGAGAAGCAAGCACUUGGCUGCAACGCACAAACUUGUGUAUAGAAACAGUUUGCAGUUGAUUUUUCUACUUUUAAAUAUAUACACAAGCACAUAGCAUGUUUUCUACAAUGUUUUAAAAAAUCCAGAAUUCUGUUUUGGAAUCUAAGUACUAUUUUUGUGCACAUUCUAGAUAGUUUUUACAUGUGUUAAUAAAAAUCUUUUAUAAGUA